AUGGCAGCAGAAGCACACGCCGAUGCUAUUGCAUCAGCUGUUCUGAACGAGUUUAGAAAGCUCCCCGCCAAGCGUAAACCCGCUGUGCGGGACAAUGGCCUCCGUGAAUGGGUGCCCCUGAGUGGUAUUGUCGUCAAAGGUCCAGGUUGCAUGAAAUGCGUGGCACUUGCGACAGGCAUGAAAUGCCUCCCGGCGUCUAAGCUCACUCAGGCCAAUGGUGCCGCUCUUCAUGACUGGCAUGCCGAAGUCCUUACCGUCCGAGCAUUUAACCGCUUCCUCCUGGAUGAAUGCCGGCGCCUGGCCCGGGAUGCCACAGCCCAGUCCGAGUUCCUCCGGCGGAGGACGCCAGCAGAACGCCCCUUGCAAACCGACAGUGCCGGUGGUCUUUGGCACGCCCAGCCCUUUGCCUGGCGUGAAGACCUCACUCUACACAUGUACUGCUCUGAAGCACCUUGCGGGGACGCCUCCAUGGAGCUUAUCAUGUCGUCCCAAGCGGACGCCACCCCCUGGGCAGUGACGACGCCAAUGCCCCCUCGUGUCUCUCCGGCCCCUUCCCCUUCCCCAGACCCAUCAGUUACCUCCACCGCCAGUCCACGCAGUAGCCCACCUGCGCUCCUGGGACGAGGCCACUUCUCCCAGCUGGGCAUCGUCCGACGCAAACCGGCCCGCGGCGAUGCGCCGCCCAGCUACUCCAAGUCCUGUAGCGACAAGCUCGCCCUUAAGCAGUGCGCCGCGCUGCUGUGCUCGCUCACGUCCUUGUUCGUGUCGCCCCGCGGGGUGUACCUGGCCAGUCUCGUCUUGCCCAAAUCCCAGUACUCCCCCGAAGCAUGCCGUCGGUGCUUUGCUGCGGGUGGUGGCGGCACGGGUGAGGAGGAGGAGGCAAGGGGGAGGAUGGACUCUGUAAGUGGCAGAGUGUGGAAUGAUACGGGGUAUGGGUUCAACCCGUUUCGGGUGGAGACGACGGAUCGGGAGUUUGAAUUCUCGCGGAGAAGGUUAGCAACGGCGGAGGAUGGGGAGGCAGACGUGAAAAUGGCGGCGAGCAAUCUUGCUGUUGCGUGGACGAGGGACGGGGAGGUCGAGGAGGGGCUGAUCGGCGGGGUGCUGCAGGGCCGGAAGGCGUUCGACUUGAAGGGGGCCAGCGUGACGUCGCGGAGGAGGAUGUGGGCCGCUGCUGUUGAGGUUGCGGCGGCAUUGGGGGAAGACGAGAUAUCGAGGGACUUGGGGAAGGGAACCUAUGGCGGGGUUAAAGAGGGGGAGCUGCUCGACGCUAGGAGGAGGGUCAAGGAGGAGGUGAGGCAGAAAGCACUGAAGGGUUGGCUCAGGAACACCGGUGACGACAAGUUCCGCCUGUGA